AAGCGGAAAGUUUAAAUUUAUUGGCUAAUCAAGGACAAAAAGGAACCUUAAAUUUGGAGAGAUUGGAAUUGAAAUACUUGGUACAGACCAAAAAGACUGAAGAUGAUAUAAAUACAUUUUACGAAAUUCAUCAAGAUGAUCGUGAAAGAAAAGUUCAAGGUUUGAAAGGUCUUUCCAAUUUACGGUACAAGUUAGACUUCUAUGAAGCUUAUUCAGCAAACUUGGUAAAAUAG